AUGACUGCAAUUUUAGAGAGACGCGAAAGUACAAGCCUGUGGGGUCGCUUCUGCAACUGGAUAACUAGCACCGAAAACCGUCUUUACAUUGGAUGGUUCGGUGUUUUGAUGAUCCCUACCUUAUUGACCGCAACUUCCGUAUUUAUUAUCGCCUUCAUCGCUGCUCCUCCAGUAGAUAUUGAUGGUAUUCGUGAGCCUGUUUCUGGUUCUUUACUUUAUGGAAACAAUAUUAUCUCUGGUGCUAUUAUUCCUACUUCUGCGGCGAUCGGAUUGCAUUUUUACCCAAUUUGGGAAGCUGCAUCUGUUGAUGAAUGGUUAUACAAUGGCGGUCCUUAUGAGCUAAUUGUUCUACACUUCUUACUUGGUGUAGCUUGUUAUAUGGGUCGUGAGUGGGAACUUAGUUUCCGUCUGGGUAUGCGCCCUUGGAUUGCUGUUGCAUAUUCAGCUCCUGUUGCAGCUGCUACUGCUGUUUUCUUGAUUUACCCUAUUGGUCAAGGAAGUUUCUCUGAUGGUAUGCCUUUAGGAAUAUCUGGUACUUUCAACUUUAUGAUUGUAUUCCAGGCAGAGCACAACAUCCUUAUGCAUCCAUUUCACAUGUUAGGUGUAGCUGGUGUAUUCGGCGGUUCCCUAUUCAGUGCUAUGCAUGGUUCCUUGGUAACCUCUAGUUUGAUCAGGGAAACCACUGAAAAUGAGUCUGCUAAUGAGGGUUACAAAUUUGGUCAGGAAGAAGAGACUUAUAAUAUUGUGGCUGCUCACGGUUAUUUCGGUCGAUUAAUCUUCCAAUAUGCUAGUUUCAACAACUCUCGUUCUUUACACUUCUUCUUGGCUGCUUGGCCUGUAGUAGGGAUCUGGUUCACUGCUUUAGGUAUUAGUACUAUGGCAUUCAACCUAAAUGGUUUCAAUUUCAACCAAUCUGUAGUUGAUAGCCAAGGUCGCGUUAUUAAUACUUGGGCUGAUAUCAUUAACCGUGCUAAUCUUGGUAUGGAGGUAAUGCACGAACGUAAUGCUCACAACUUCCCUCUAGACCUAGCUGCUCUUGAAGUUCCAUCUCUUAAUGGAUAA